CCAUGUCGUCAGCCAGAAAAGCACAUUAUCAGAACGGGCUCCACAUAUGCACCGAUAAAUGCAAGAAACUUAUGCUGUUUGUCUCUAACAAACAAUGUGUACAGGAGUUGAAGAGUCUGCUAACUCAGGGCGUUGAUCUACGUCACACUGACGAGCAGGGGUGGACAGCCCUGCACUACGCGGCUAAAGCCAACGUAGCUGAAGCUGUUGAGGUUCUGGUUAGGUAUGGCGUGGGUGUUGACGUCGUUGACAAGAAGGGGGCCACGCCUCUGAUGGUCGCGUGCAUGGAGAAUCACGUGCAUGUUGUCGAGCUGCUACUGAGGCUGGGGGCACAGGUGGAGCACGCCGACCCCGCGGGUCAGACUGCUGUCAUGUGCGCGGCUGAAAAAGGUCAUUUUGCUGUGGUGAUGAUUCUCAUCGACCACAAGGCUGACAUCAACAGGGCGAGUAAACAAGGCUACACGCCGCUGAUGCUGGCGUCCAAGAACAGAAGUUCUAGAACGGUCGAACUGUUACUGAAGCAUGGCGCCAGGAUUGAUUGCAGAAGUGAGCGUGGUUGGAACGCCAUGCUUUUAGCAACCCUUAGCAACGAUCCGUUUUUGGUGAAUUUAAUGCUGCAAGCGGGUUGUCAAAUAAACGACGUGUCGUCCGAUGGCUGGACCAACCUUCACCUUGCUGCUAAAAACGGAAACCAGGAACUGGUUGAUAAAUUUAUCAAGAAAUGCCCGGAUGUCAACGUGCGCAACAAAAACGACUGGACUCCGUUAAUGUUAGCAACACAAAACGGACAUUUGGAGACCGUCAAAAAAUUGAUCCAGUGUAAAGCGGACCCAGCGCUUAGAAGUCGCAAAAGGGAAACAGCCGUAAUGAUAGCGGCACGGAAGGGACACACAGAUAUCCUCAACUUCCUGAUCACGAAUGACGUCAGCAAACGGGCCGAGAAUGAAAAAGACGCGCUAGUCAGUGCCGCUCAAAAUGGCUCUUUGGAGGCUGCCAGAUACGUUCUAGAAAACUUGAACCCUGCCUGCCGGGGAAAGAGACCCGCCCUACUCCAGGCCGCUUACAACGGCCACGAUACUCUCGUUGAUUAUUUGUGUCAAAAAGGCACUGACGUCAACUACAAGGAGCGGGACGGAUGUGACGCCAUGAUGCUGGCAUGCGUGAAAGGUCACGACAUGGUCGUCUGCAAACUAGCAGCAAAUGGUGCCGAUGUGAACAAAGCUUACGACAUUUCUCCCUCUGCUAAACUUUUCGUCAAAGCUUUCAAUGUAACUACAACUCCAUCCGGAGCAGCCUCCGUUUCUCUAACCCCGCUGUUGUGUUGUAUUUUAUUCGGGAACUUGCGCUGUGUUGACACGUUGAUAAGUUUAAAAUGUGAUGUCAACAAAGCCAACAGUUACGGCACGACACCGGUCGCCCUCGCUCAACAUCUGACCAACACAGUUGUGGUGGCUAAACUACAUCAGCAUGGGGCUAAGCGGGGUGGGGGCGGGGUGGGACGGUCAUGUGAUCCUCUGUACAACAUGAAAACUGUUGAGAGGGCGUACACUGACGCAGAUAUUGACACUGACGCUACUACGUGGAGUGACGCAACCCAGCAGAAAGAAAUAGCCAUCGAGCAUCAGACGCUCAUCAAAUCGCCGUCCACCACUUAUGGUAGUAGAAAGACAACAUCAUCAAGUGGUGGUAGGACGCCAGCAUCAUCAAGUGGUGGUAGGACGCCAGCAUCAUCAGGGUAUGCUACUGCGUCAACACCUACCAGCCACGAAACAGUUCCCAAACUCACAGAUGAACAGAAGGCAGAUAGCAGCACGACGCUCCCUAAAGUGCUAGACGAUCUGCCUGCAGGUGCAUCUAAUGGAAGAGCUGACCACCAGCAGACGAUACCAAAACAACCAGACACCAGACACAGCAACAACCCGACUUCACCCAAGCCCAAGUUUGAAAGCAUGAACAUGGAAGACUUUCUACAAUCACCUCGGUCUCCGGUAAACUACCACAUACAUCUGGUGGUGGAGUCUGUGGGAAACUUGGCCAUAGGGGGCAGCACCAUCAACAUAGAGACCCAGAGCAAGGACGAGGACUGCAAUCCAGAGUAGCUUCCCUUGAUUUGAAACAGUGCGGUUAAUUCCCCUAAUUCCAGAUAGUGUGAUUAGUACCCCU